AUGAAAACGUCGACGAGUAAGGACUUCGCUUACGCGAUGACUCCGUUGAAAAUCUUGUCGUGGCCUGUAGGUACCUGGCCUCUUCAAGACUACGAUGUCUUCUCCGCUAUACGUGCCAUAAUUGCGACUUUUUUUCUGCUGCUAAUGGUAACGGUCGUGCAAUCGGAGAUGUACUUAGACAACAGCGAUGCCGAGAAAAAUCUGGAUGGUCUAGUACUUAUUACGUGCGGCAGUUUGGCGGCGUCAAAGAUUAUACGGUUUCGUAUUCGGCCUGCUGCCCUUAUUUCGAAUUUUACGUCCGCGGUUGAGGAUUAUAACGAAUUGCGGGACGAAGAGAAGCGAGUGAUAAUGCGAAAACACGCUUAUAUGGCCAGAGUGGCCAGUGCCAGUGUGAUAUUUUUCGCCUAUUUCAGCUCGAUUCUUUUCAUAACUGUGCCUAUGCUGGCUGAAGAGGAAGAGAAAGAUAUAGUUAACGUAACGGAGGAAAGUACAACGGAGUAUCCUCUACCUUCCGAAAAUGUAAUGGCAAUUAUACAAAUGCCGGAUAAUUUGUAUUUCAUUGUUUUUAUCGUCGAGUACUUGAUGCUGCUAUUCCUGAGUACUGGAAAUAUAGGGAGCGAUUCGUUGUUCUUCGGUAUUAUUUUUCACCUGUGCGGCCAGGUGGAAAUCCUGAGGCUUGAGUUCAAUAAAUUGAACAACGAAAACGAAAAAGCAAUGGAACAUUUCAUCUCAUUAACCAAGAGGCAUAUUUACUUGCUGAAGUUAGCCAAAAUGCUGAGCGAGACCAUCAGCUCCAUCUUGGUUGUGCAACUAUUCACGAGUUGUAUACUUAUUUGUACAAGCGGACUUCAAUUUAUUAUCGCUCUGAGCGUUGGAAACAUCGUCAUGACGAUAAAGUCAUUUAUAGUAUCGAGCACGCUACUGCUGCAAUUAUUUGCAUACAGCUACGUGGGUGAAUACUUAAAGCGUCAGAUGGAAGGCGUCGGUAACUCGGUGUAUUUCUGUAGCUGGUACAAUAUACCAAAAUGUGUGGCAAAAGAUAUUAUUUAUGUCAUUAUGAGAGCUCAGGAUCCAGUUUUCUUGAAGGCUGGGAAAUUUUUCGUAGUCAAUAUGGAAACAUAUAUGAGUAUUAUAAAAACUUCUAUGUCGUAUCUUUCAGUUCUUCGAGUGAUGGUAACUACUUGAGAUCUUGUG